AUGAUGAUUAGCAAGAGAAACAAUAGAUUUGUUGUCCUGAAGAAUUACUACAGUGUAUGGGUAGGAUAUAACCAAAAUGUACAACAGACAGGGUAUUUUAAGAAUAAUUUGAAUUAUGUAUUCAAACCAAAGAGUAUAAGUGUCAUCGGGGCAACAGAAAGAAAAGGAUCGGUUGGAAAUUCCAUUGUUAAUAAUCUAAUGAAAGGAGAAGAGAAUUAUAAAUUAUAUUUUGUGAAUAGUAAGGGUGGAAAAGUAUAUGAUCGAGACAGCUAUAAAAGUAUUGUAGAUAUACCAGAUGAAAAUGUCGAUUUGGCUGUAGUAGCUGUCCCAAGAAAUCAUGUGCUACAAGUUAUGAAGGAUUUGAAAAGUAAAAAUGUAAAAGGAGUAGUAAUAGUUACAGCUGGAUUUAAAGAAACGGGUUCUGAAGGAUUGGAAUUAGAAAAACAAAUAUUAAAUGUUGCAAAAGAAAAUGAUAUUAGAAUAAUAGGUCCGAACUGUUUGGGAAUUAUUAAUUCAUAUCAUAAUAUGAACGCUUCGUUUGCUGACAAUAAUAUAUUAAAAGGUAAUUUUUCUUUGCUUUCUCAAAGUGGUGCUAUCUGUUCUGCUGCCUUAGAUUUGUCAUUACAGCACAACAUUGGUUUUUCACAUUUUAUUUCUGUGGGUUCUAUGUGUGAUGUGCAAUUUUAUGAAUUAGUAGAAUAUUUAUUUUAUGAUGAGAAGACGAAAUACAUUUUAUUGUAUGUUGAAUCCAUUGGUGAUAUGAGUAAAUUUGUGGCCGUUUGUAAGAAGGUAUGUUUAUAUAAGCCAAUCAUUCUUCUAAAGAGUGGAAAGACAGCCAAAGCUGCAGAAGCAGCCAUUUCUCAUACAGGUUCUAUGGUUGGAAAUUAUGAAAUAUUCUAUGCAUCUAUGAAAAAAAUAGGGGUUCUAGUAGUAGAGAAUUUUGAAGAAUUAUUUAAUAUGUGCAAAAUUUUAAACUUUUCAAAAUAUCCAGAAACUAAUGAAGUUUGUGUUGUAACAAAUGCAGGAGGUCCAGGUGUCUUGCUUGUAGAUAACAUUAUAAAAAAUGAUGGAAAUUUAACAAAUCUUAAUUCAAAUUUGAAGAAAACAUUAGAUACAUUUUUACCACAUUCAUGGAGUAAAGCUAAUCCUGUCGACAUAUUGGGAGAUGCAUCACCAGUGUUGUAUAAAAAAACAAUCGAAGCAUUAAUAAAAGAUGAACAGUUUAAGAAUAUUAUAAUUUUGUUAUCUCCACAAAGUGUAACUGAUCCGUUAAACACGGCUAAAGAAAUUAUAAAUGUUAAAGAUGAAGCAACCAAACAAGGGAGAGUUAUCUUAUGUAACUAUUUAGGAGGAGUAUCUCUAGAAGAAUCAACAAAUCUACUGAAUAGGAACAAUAUACCAACAUUCAUACACCCUGAACAUUCAGCUCAGAAUCUGUUAAAAUUAUACAAAAAUAUGAUACAUAUUCAGAACCUGUAUCAGGAAAUACCAAAUUUCCUCUCGGAUGAACAGCAGAAUUAUUACAUUAAUAUGAUUAUUCAAAAACAUUAUUUUGAAAAAGGUACCAAUUUUUGCAAUUCUUAUGGAAGUGGUGAAAUUCAACAGAGCUUGUCAACAAAUUCGAAUGAGACAAAGUUAAAACAUAAUACCACUCCUAUAGAUGUAAUCAAGAAAGCAUUUGAAAAGAAAAACUACAUCUUAAACGAAUUUGAUUCCAAAUUAAUUUUACAAAGCUACGGUAUAUCAACAGUUGAGACACAGAUAUUUCUUACCUUAGAUGAAAUUGAAAAUUACACAAAAUUCUCCUAUCCAUGUGCUAUGAAAAUUUACUCAGAUACAAUUACACAUAAGAAAGAUAUUGGAGGAGUUAUUUUAAAUAUAAACACUAAGGAACAGUUAAUUGAAUCAUACAAAAAAAUUGAAGAAAAUGUUAAAAAACAUAAUUUAGAAAAAGAAUUUAAAGGUGUUACAAUUCAAACAAUGAUAAAUACAAAUGAUGGAAUUGAAUUAAUUCUAGGUUACUAUUUUGACAACAACUUUGGCCCCGUGUUAUUAUUCGGUUCUGGUGGUUCAUAUGUAGAAGUAUUCAAAGACAAUGUGUUGCUAAUACCUCCUUUGAAUUAUUCUUAUACUCACCAUAUGAUUAAAGACACCAAAAUAUAUAAUGCUUUAUUGGGAAAAUCUUCUAGAUUCAAAAAAUGUGAUAUGCCCAAACUAAUAACUACCAUUAUGAAUUUUUCAGAAUUAAUUUUGGAUUUACUUCCAUACAUUAACGAAUGUGAUAUCAAUCCCUUGUUUGUUUGUGGAGCUGAUAUAAUGGCUCUAGAUGCAAGAUUUACUCUCCGCAAAAAUUUGACACCAGAAUCGUUUCAAUCAAGUAGAAGCAGUAGCAGCAGCAGCAGCAGCAUAUAUGACAACUUUGAGAAGAAGUACCCUAUCGACAUGGUAUUCUUUAAUGAUAUCAGGGGAUUAAAUAAGAUGAUGAACAAUAAAGGAGUAGAGCAACAACAGAACGCAGGAAACCAUUUAGAUUCUAUCACGAGAUCUGUUCAUGCAUACGAUGUUAAAUUGGUGCAUAAUUUUCUCAAAAAUAAUGCAAGUGAAUUACAUCUAGAUACUUUCUUCUUUACAAAACUAGAAAAUAUAAAAACUGAGUUGUUUGCAUAUGAACUAUGCAAUGCAGAUUACGAUUUUUAUAAUGUUAUACUUCAUUUCUGGAAAAAUAAAAUUAACGGAUUGGUUAAAACGGAGAAGAGACAAGAUAAAAAUCACUGUUAUAUUUAUGCAAAGGAUAAAGCAACAUUUAAUCAUUUAAUAGAAAAAUUACACAUAUUUUCAAAAAAACAAAAUUGUAAAUCUAUCUUCCUCUACCUUAACAAAAAAUCUCCCUAUGCGAAUGAACUCAAAUCGUUGUCUUACACACUCGACUAUGCUCAUGACAAUUUCGAAUGUUAUGUUACUUCAAUCUAG